AUUAGCCUCUUUUUGACUCGUUUGUUGUUAAAUGCCACAAGAAGAAAGCUGAAGAAAGGGAGACGAAAAAUCGCAGAGGAACAAAAGCCAGAGAGGGUUUAACACUAAUCACUGCGAUAUCAAGUCUUCAAGAAAUGGAGCAGGAAGGGCAUGAAGAGAACAACCACACUGUCUCAGGAGAUUUAAUGGCGAAAAGGAAACGAGGUCGUCCGAGGAAACAAUUGAAGCUAGAAUCGAAUGAGCAGUCUCUUGGUCAUUCUCCACGGUUUAGCAGGAGUCAGCAGCAGUCUCGCCAGAGGGAUGACGAUGAAGCUAUGGUUGGACAACCGAUUAGUGGCGUGAUUGAGGCCACAUUUGAAGCUGGGUUCUUGCUUUCGGUUAAGGUUGGGAAUUCAGAUAGCAUGCUUAGAGGUGUGGUGUUCAAGCCUGGUCACUGUGAUCCUGUAUCUGUUGAUAACGAUGUUGCUCCUGAUGUUCCAAUGAUAAGAAGAAACAGUGAUGUGAUGCAUCAUGACGGCUCAGCUAAACGAGGUCGGAAAUCUAGAUUCCGGGAGAAGCGUGGUGGUGGUGUUAGAACCAGAGCAUUGGUUCCUGUCCCGAUUCAGCCGGCUCAUCCGACAGUACCAAAGAAUCUUGUGGUUCCCGUCGUGCUUCAGCCUCCCCAUCUACAGAAUGGUGGUGGGCGGGUCCCGAUCUACCACAGUCCCAUGCAGACCGAGACGGGGUCUCAAGUGAGUGGAGCGAGUAAUGGCAAGCCUUUUGAGACGCUGCUCACCCAGGUAAUGAAUAAAGGUCAAGUCCAUCACACAGCACAGUCCAUUGAACCCGAGUCAGAUGAGCAAGCUCUGUCUAUAGAGCCAUUGCAGGCGAUACACCCGAUCCAUCCAGUACAUAUGCCGAAACCCAUGACGAGUUACGGACGAGGCAAGAUGACAGAACUCCUUCAGGCUGUGCAGGAGAAUGUGAGAGAGACCCAUUUUUCUCAAGGCCAUUGAUCUUCUGAAGAUUACUUCUUCUUGCAAACUCUUAAGAGCUUAAAGUCUGAUUCAAUCUCAUUGUAAUCAGAAAUAGGAAAACAGAAUCUAACUAUUGUCUAGCUUAAAGAUGUCAGCAAAAUUACCGUGAUUCAUUAUAUAAAUGCUCAGUAACUUC